UCAUAUAGUCUAUGAUUUAAAGUCAAAUCUCAUUUUCCUAACCUAUAAAUAUAUAAAUAAAAAUAUGUUUUUUAAGGAGUAUAAAAAUAACAGGACGUUAUGAAAACACGAAUCUAUUGAAAACCUAUGAUGCUCUUAUUCUUAUUCCUGAAGUAGACAGAAUUUUAAUUUAUAUUAUGAGUUUCGUUAGGCCCACUUUCAGAGUUUUAUCUGCUAUCUUGGCUGUUUCAAAAAAAAAUAAUGAAAUACCUAGAAUUUAUCAAACUACAACAGGCGGAACAAUGUUUUACAGACAACUGAAAUUAAGUUGUAUUCAUAAGAUACGAAAGGAGGAUGAGACAACAAUUCAACCUAAAUACCAAGAAUUUAAGGACGAAUCUGAAGUAGUAUUAGAUAUUUAUGAUGAAGCCAGAAUUGAACAAUAUGGAUAUAAUCUUCCACAAAUCGAAGAGGAAGAAAAUGAUCGAUAUCAAGGAUUAAAUUUGAAUCGAGGUUUAACUGGUGUUUUUGAUAUAGAAGAUUUAAUUGAUGUCCUGAAAAGAGAAAAUGCUUUAGAUAUAUUUGUUGCAAAGAUACCGGAUGGUAUAAACUAUGCAGAUUAUAUUUGUGUGGCUUCAGUUAAAUCAACGAGGCAUAUGCAUGCUGUUUGUCAGUUUGUCCGAAGAGUAUAUAAGAUGAAGAGAAGUAAGAAAGACAGGAUACCUAAAUUGGAAGGAGAAAAAUCAAAGGAUUGGCAAGCUUUGGAUUUAGGUAACAUAGCUUUACAUAUUUUCUCAAAAGAAGCCCGUGAACGAUAUGAUUUGGAUUCAUUGUGGGCUGUUGGACCUAAGAUGGAUUUAGAGUAUAAUAAAGUAGAUCCUCUGGUUCAGAUGUUAGAAAACAAUACUUAUAGCCUUGAUGAUUUAAAACCAGCAAGUUGAAGAAUAAAAUUAUUGUGUAAAUGAA